AAAUAACUAUAGUUGGUUGUUUUUGGUGGGGAGCUAAGACAGAGCGGAAGCAAGUUCUCCAACCCCACUUCUCCUUUCCUCAUGGACCCACAGCAUCAGCAGAGAGCGGCGCCUCCACCCCCACGUCCACCGGCAGCUGGCGGCGGAGGCGGGGAUUUCUCCGCCAUUUUCACUGUUUUAUUCACGUUUGUCGCUAUUGCCGCCAUGAUUAUAGUUCCUUCUUCAUCAAAUCUGAAGCAGAGUUUGUCUAUUUUGCAUCAAGUCCCUGAAGGGCAUGUUGGGGUGUAUUGGAGGGGAGGAGCCCUUCUGAAGACGAUCACGGAUCCAGGUUUUCAUUCGAAACUGCCGCUCAUAACCCACUUUGAGCCUAUUCAAGUGACAUUACAGACAGAUUUGGUGAGAGAUAUCCCUUGUGGAACAAAAGGAGGUGUUAUGAUUAACUUUGAGAAGAUAGAAGUUGUUAACCGUCUUCAUAAGGACUAUGUAUAUGAAACAUUACUCAACUACGGCGUCCAAUAUGACAACACUUGGAUAUAUGACAAGAUCCAUCACGAGAUUAAUCAGUUUUGUAGCGCGCAUUCCCUUCAGCAAGUCUACAUCGAUAUGUUUGAUCAGAUUGAUGAAAAAAUGAAAGAUGCUCUUCAGGCUGACUGCACACGUUAUGCUCCAGGUAUUGAAAUUAUCAGCGUGCGUGUAACAAAGCCUACGAUUCCUGACAGUAUAAGGCGGAAUUUUGUGCAGAUGGAAGAAGAGCGAACCAAGGUCUUGAUUGCAAUGGAGAAACAGAGAGUUGCUGAGAAGGAAGCAGAGACUCAGAAAAAAAUUGCUAUAAGUGAAGCUGAAAAACAUGCUCAUGUUAGUAAGAUCCAGAUGGAACAGAAGUUGAUGGAGAAAGACAGUGCGAGGAUGCAAGAGGAAAUCUCUAAUGCAAUGUACUUAGCUCGUGAAAAGAGCUUGGCUGACGCUGACUAUUACCGCACAAUGAAAGAAGCAGAAGCAAACAAGUUGAAGCUUACUCCUCAAUACUUAGAACUCAAAUUUAUUGAAGCAAUUGCCAACAACUCCAAGAUAUAUUUUGGCAACAAGGUACCCAACAUGGUUCUCGAUCAACGGCUGCUAGGGAACUUUUUGCAAGACGUAGUCAGGAAAGGCAACUUGGAAGCUUAGCUCAUCUUCUGAACUGGUCAGGAACCAUGUAACCAGAACCUGACACAGAGUAUUCAAUCUCUUUUUUUUUUGUGUGUCUCUUGGUCGAUAACAUCCUGGAUCUGCACUAGAUGCUGAGAGUAUGAAAAUGCAUUUAUAGUUUCCAUUUACGGUUACAAGAACACUCUGGACACCAUGUAUUGGCAGUUUAUAUUGUUGAAGUUUCUUCAUUUGGAAAUCAAUAUAGAUUGUGAUCUAUCGGAGAAAGUGCUUUCACCGGCUA